UCUCUGGCCUCGUUUUCGAAGCCGGUAUACCAUGUGAUCAGUGUCCAUUUUUGUCUUACAACAUGGCUUCAGAAAUUGAUACGAAAGAGGAAGAGAGAGUCGAGGAGGAAGAAGAUGAACCAACUGAUGAUGGUGCCAUGAUGGCACCAGACUCGCUCAUCAAGCACCCCUUACAAAACAGAUGGGCCCUUUGGUUCUUCAAAAAUGACCGCAACAAAGAGUGGACAGCAAACCUUAAACUCAUUACAGCAUUUGACACUGUUGAGGAUUUUUGGGCGUUAUACAACCAUGUACAGAAAGCCAGUAAACUGCCCUCAGGCUGUGAUUACUCCCUCUUCAAGGAUGGUGUUCAACCUAUGUGGGAAGAUGAGCGAAAUAAAGAUGGAGGAAGGUGGUUAAUAAAUCUUAACAAAAAUCAGCGUAUGACAGAUCUUGAUAACUUCUGGCUAGAAACUCUACUGUGUUUGAUUGGAGAGUCUUUUGAGGAGUACAGCGAGGACAUCUGUGGGGCUGUUGUCAACAUUAGAAAUAAGGGAGAUAAACUCAGUCUGUGGACAAAAGAGGCUGGAAGACCUGAUGCUAUAUUAAAAAUUGGAAGAAAAUUAAAAGAAAGAUUAAGUAUACCAGCCAAGAUCCAAAUAGGGUUUCAGUCACACAGAGAUACCAUGACGAAGACUGGUUCCACAGCCAAAGAUCGUUUCCGAGUUUAACACAGGCUGGAUCUCUAAGUAGUUAUAUAAAGACAUUAUCUCUCACCCCACCCUGAUGUGUCCCAGUCUCUCCUCAUGGUAGUGCUUGGACAAUAUUUCUCCAGGAUGAUCAAGUACAUACUACAGCAAAUGAACCUCAAAGGACUCUUUUGAUUGGUGCCACACAUAAGUGCCUGUGGAGGUGGGACUGAAACACAUCAGGCAGAAUCAUGAAUGCUUGUGUGUAUUGAAUGACUUUGUUAAAAUGCCUGAUAUUGCAUUUGCCUCAUGUUGUUACACAUGAAUUUAUGAUUAUUUUUUUUUGAUUUUUUUUUUGAUAAUGAUAUAAACCGUUUGUUGAAGAACUUGGUUUUUGUACAUGUAUGUGGUGUUGACUGAAUGUAUAGUUUUAACAACUUCUAUCAGCUCCACAAUGUGUAUCCUGUCUGAUGUGGUAACAGAGUGUCUGUAGUUAUUAUUUAUUUGUUAUUUUUGUAUGUUAAACAGAAUAAUUGUGUCUCCUUGGAAACUACUACAACAGACCUCCUAUGUCUAAACCAACAAGCUAGAACUAUUUGAGUUGUACAGUUUUUGGAGAUUUCUAAGGUUUUAAGUUUAAGUAUGGAUCCUUUGAAUGAGGUAUCAAUCUUUUCUAUAUUCCACAAGUCCCUCAUAAGUCUUUGGAGUUGUAGCAGUACUUGACAUCCCCAGAGGACUUUCAAAAAGGCUAUCUCAAGUUUAGGUGUUCAAGUUUUCAAUUUCAAGCUAUGGAGAUGUCAUCAUUCAUUAUUGGAUAGUUUUCAUGUCAUCAAAAUGACCUGUAGUAAAAUUCAAAUGAGUUACAACUGCAGGUCUCGGUUAUUGGGGUUUGGAUAUAUUUGUUUCUUGCCCCGGAGGUUAACAAGUAUAACAGGAACCUAUUUGUUAUCAAUUCAUUUUAGUAGCGGUCAUGAAACAAUAUUUUCCAAAUGUAGCAAAACAUGAGAGAGUUGUUUAUAAUGCAGUGAAAUAAUCCUUGUCAGUGUUCUUGUUGUGAAAUAUCUAAGUUUAUUUUUCAGAAAGUGCUACAUGCUAUCUUGGAAGUCUAGUUUUGUCUAGCGUCCAAGGUCAGUGUUUGUUCAUGAUAUGUAUGUGGUUGGCAAUUUUAAGAUGUAUCUAUUUUAUUUUGCUUCAGUGUGGUUCAAGUCAACCUCGUUGCCACAUUUCCCCUUCUUUACACUUGUAUUUUCCCCACACAAUUUUUAUGAUAUUGUCGGAGUGUAAAAUAGUGUUUUGGUGUUAAUAAUUGUAACAGACCAGUUAUUUGUAUCAUAUUCAUGUUAUCUGGUAAUUUGAAAUUAAUGCUUAUUGUGAGUUUAUACUGAACUAUGUACACUCUUGCAUGCAUUUAUCCCCCUCCCUCUCCAGUAGUUGCAUAAUGAAUGAAAGGGUUUAUUUCUGUAAACUGCCACACCACACGGGUGAAUGAAUGAAUCUACUGUAUGCUUCAUAGAUGUACUAUGCCUAUAUUUUUCUCCCUUCCCUUUCCCCAUUAUUUUUGAUUCGAGAAGUUUUGUGUAAUAAAUCUUUUUAAGUUUUAUUUCUGUUAUUACAACAAUUAUAUAGAUUUGGCCUUUGGUCCGUUACUGUAGUUAAACAUCUGGAAAGUUGCUUAUGUUUUCCAUUGUCUUUGUUUGAUAAACCUACAUUUGAAUCGACAGUUAGUUGAUGGGCCAGCAGAGAUAUGCCCUGUUCUGUAGAUCUUUUGUUAGCACGGUGCAGUGUUUUUGUUGGUAUGAGUUAAUUGAUGAUUGACAUGAUAUAUGAACUAUAAAAAAUAAAUACCGAUAAAUUUUGA